ACGUCUUGUUAGCAUCAGCCGUUAGCACUAGCGUCUUUUAGCCGAUUUCGUAUCUAUUUCUCGCAACCAGCGAUGUGUAUUGUGUUCCGUGUGCGUGGAUGAUGCAGGUGCACGUGCUUGUGUAUUUGUUGUGUUUGAUUUCACAUAAUUCACCGAUUUUAAAGCAGGUUAGCUGACCUCAGGACUGCUGCAUUUAAACGGUGACGUGGCCUCACAUGACGACGAUCCCAAUCAUAACAACCCCGUGUCAUCGUGACCACAGCAGCCCGAUUUAAACACGGUCUCCGCCGCCAGAGACUGAUCCUGAAGGGAUAUUGUGUGGAUGUUUCUGUUGUUGUUGUGUCGUUUGCUUCAUUGUUAGAUGUUGUUUACUCCCAUCAGAGCGAGUAGUAAACAGUGUCCCGCUGUUGAACAGGGUGAUUCUGGACCUCUUCUGAUAGGAGAGGAUCUGUAACUGAGCCAUGAGGAUCACGUGUUUGGCAGCAUGGAAUGGACAUAAUGGUGUUUUACAUAUAAUGAUGUUCAUAUGGCUAGUCAGUAUCAGCGCACAGUACCCCUAGAGGUGAGGAGAGCAGAGGGAGAGAGAGUUCGGGCCAAACACCCUGACAAGAUCCCAAUCAUUGUGGAGCGGGCCUCGAGGUCACGGGCCCCUGAACUGGACAAGAAGAAAUACCUAGUGCCCUCAGAUCUAACAGUGGGUCAGUUGUGCUUCCUCAUCCGCCAGCGUGUCUCUUUGAGACCAGAGGAAGCGCUCUUCUUCUUCGUCAACAACUCCCUUCCCCCAUCCAGCUCCCCUCUCUCUGCUGUAUAUGAGGAGCACCAUGACGAGGACCUGUUUCUCUACAUGACCUACAGUAAUGAGAGCGUGUACGGUGCCUGAGGGAGGACAAAAGACUGAGAAAGAGACAGAGCCAAAGAGAAGAUGUGACCAUCUGAGGAAUGGACUUAAGGCCACUUGUAUUGUUUCACUAUCACUAUAACUCUAUGAUAUUUAGAUCAACAGUAACUACAGUACAUGGUGGAAGAAAGACAUUUUCCUUUAUCAGUAUUUUGGGGUGGAGCAUCAUGUGUUUUGUUAAACUUCAAGCUAUGUCGACAGCUGAUGUGGUGAAAGAAGAAAGAAGUUUGAAAAAAAAAAGAAAAGACAAAGGCAUAUAAAAGUUAUUAUAAAUAUGUUGAGAGCUCUCGUUAUCUUUCUCAGUUACCUGUAUUUAAUGCAAAUAGUAUUUUGUUUCUUUUGUAAAUUAAUGUUGAACUUUUGUGAAAAAUAAAGGGGAAAAUACAAAAAAAAA